CUAAAAAUUGCACCACGGGGGUUGUCAGGUGGCUGCUGGUGGCUCCCACCAUCCUCCUUCUCCCUCCCUCCGGCUCGCCACAGAUCACCUUCCCAGGGGACCCUGCUGCUAAAACUUCGCUUUUGCCCGUCAGGCUGCCACUUCACAGAGGGAAGGAGGUGGGACCACAUCGCCAGCUCCUGUCUUCUGGAUCCUGGGACAUUCACCAUCUCUGAGAUUCUCAAAGAUUCAAGCUUCUUCUGGGCUUCCUGCUGACACUCUCCAGAGCCCAGCUCCAUUCCCAGGAAUACAGGUGUCACAAACUCUGCCCCCUGGCUCUUUAACCCUGUUGAAGCCGCAGGGAUUGCAGCCCACUGCCCUCGCCUGUGACAGUGCAUCUGCCCACAUGGCACCCAAAAAGAAGACUGUCAAGAAGAACAAAGCUGAGAUCAACGAGAUGACGAUCAUCGUGGAAGACAGCCCCCUCAGCAAGCUGAACGCCCUCAAUGGACUCCUCGAGGGAGGCAACGGCCUGAGCUGCCUCUCUUCCGAGCUGACGGAUGCUUCCUACGGCCCCAACCUCCUGGAAGGCCUCAGUAAAAUGCGGCAGGAGAGCUUCCUCUGUGACUUAGUGAUCGGUACCAAAACCAAAUCCUUCGAUGUCCAUAAGUCAGUGAUGGCUUCAUGCAGUGAGUACUUUUACAACAUCCUGAAACAAGACCCAUCCACUCGCAGGGUGGAUCUCAACGAUAUCUCCCCGCUGGGCCUGGCCACAGUCAUUGCGUAUGCCUACACAGGCAAGCUGACCCUGUCCCUCUACACCAUAGGAAGCAUCAUUUCUGCUGCUGUUUAUCUCCAGAUCCACACGCUCGUAAAAAUGUGCAGUGAUUUUCUGAUCCGGGAGAUAAGCGUUGAGAACUGUAUGUACGUUGUUAACAUUGCUGAGACUUACUCCCUGAAAAGCGCAAAAGCGGCAGCCCAGAAAUUCAUCCGGGACAACUUCCUCGAGUUUGCAGAAUCAGAUCAGUUCAUGAAACUUACAUUUGAACAAAUCAAUGAACUUCUCAUAGACGAUGAUUUACAGCUGCCUUCUGAGAUAGUAGCAUUCCAGAUUGCAAUAAGAUGGCUAGAAUUUGACCAAAAGAGAGUGAGACACGCUGCAGAGCUCCUGAGCAACAUUCGCUUUGGCACCAUCUCCGCACAAGACCUGGUCAACUACGUUCAGUCUGUACCAAGAAUGAUGCAAGACGCUGACUGCCACAAGCUCCUUGUGGAUGCUAUGAACUACCACCUGCUUCCCUAUCAUCAGAACACACUGCAGUCAAGGCGAACAAAAAUCCGAGGGGGCUGCCGGGUCCUGGUUACUGUUGGAGGACGUCCAGGCCUUACGGAGAAAUCCCUGAGUAGAGAUGUUUUGUACAGAGACCCUGAAACUGGAUGGAGCAAGCUCACCGAAAUGCCAGCCAAGAGCUUUAACCAGUGUGUGGCUGUGAUGGACGGAUUUCUUUACGUCGCUGGCGGUGAAGACCAGAACGAUGCAAGAAACCAAGCCAAGCACGCAGUCAGCAAUUUCUGCAGGUACGACCCCCGCUUCAACACCUGGCUGCACCUGGCCAGCAUGACGCAGAAGCGCACGCACUUCAGCCUCAGCGUGUUCGACGGGCUGCUGUACGCCGUGGGCGGCCGCAACGCCGAGGGCAGCCUGGCCUCGCUGGAGUGCUACGUGCCCGCCGCCAACCAGUGGCAGCCCAAGGCGGGGCUGGAGGCGGCGCGCUGCUGCCACGCCAGCGCCGUGGCGGGCGUGAGCACGGCGGGCGCCUCGCUGCUGCACGGCCGCGCCUACCUGGUGGGCGGCUGGAACGAGGGCGAGAAGAAGUACAAGCGGUGCGUGCAGUGCUUCAGCCCCGAGCUCAACGAGUGGACGGAGGACGACGAGCUGCCCGAGGCCACCGUGGGCGUGUCGUGCUGCACGCUGGCCAUGCCCAACAGCGUGACGCGCGAGUCCCGGGCCAGCUCGGUGUCCUCGGCGCCCGUGAGCAUCUGAGCGGGCGCGCGCGCCCCCGCCGGCGGGGAGGAGGCAGUGCAGCGUCUGCCGCGGGGGUCGCGUCCGGGUCCUGUUUAAAUUCUUGGGGUGCAUGAUCUA